AUGACGUCUAACGCGCCCUCUCACCACGCUGCUAUCGUCGCUACCCGUUUGGGCGGUCCAUUGCAGACCAUCACGGUUCCCACGCCGUCUCCGGGCCCAGAUGAAGUCCUCGUUCGUGUGUUGUGGGCUUCGCCUACACCUUUCAACAACUGGCAGAAAGACUUUGGGCUGGCCGUGGCCGAAUGGCCCGCCUUUCUAGGCGAGAACUCCGUGGGCACAGUGACUGCCCUAGGCUCUGACGUGACAUCUCUCGACGUCGGCGACGUCGUAUUCGGCUAUACGCACGGACCUCCCAAGGUCCAAUCGUUCCAGGAAUACAUCGUUGUACCCGCCCGUCGCCUUGGACGUGUUCCCGCCAGUCUGGAUCCUCGCGCGGCUGCUACAGUUCCAGGCAACUUCAUCACAGCUUGGUGGAGCUUCACGCAUUAUCUGGGUGUUGGGUUGCCGUAUGACUUGCCUGCGAAGGAGAAGCCUGCCAGGUAUGACGAGCCUAUACUGAUCUGGGGCGGAGCGACCUCUGUCGGUCAAUACGCCAUCCAGAUCCUGAAACAAGCGGGGUACACGAACGUCAUCACAGCCGCAUCCCCGCGCCACAGCAUACUCCUCAAAUCCUACGGAGCCCGCAUCAUCAUUGACUACCGCGCCCCUCUCGCAGACGUCCACGCCGCGCUCCUCGACGCCGCGAACGGACAGAAGUAUAUGAAGGUCUUAGACUGCGUCGGACACGAUAAGAAGACGAUCGCGCUGUAUCGCGAUGUCGUGGCUGCCGGCGGGACCGUUGCUUUACUGUUGCCCGUACAGAUCUCGGACGAGAAGGGGGAGGUCGUGAGUGCGCAGAGUGUGGAUAGCGAUUUCGGUGAUUUCCCGGAGGGCGUAAAGUCCGUGGGCGUGCGGACGCACUUCUAUCAGACUGACGAGGAGCUCUAUGAGAAGCUUCAGCCGGAGGUCAUGCCGCGGCUGUUCGGCUCAGGCGUCAUCAAACCGAAUGCGUUCCGCGUCGUCGAGGGCGAGUCGUUACAAGAGCGAGUGGACGAGAGCCUUAGGCAUUUGCGGGAGGGACUCGUGUCGGGCGAGAAACUCGUCUUCGCAGUAGAUGCAUAG